CGACACCACGUGCAAAGUACCUUGAUACGUCCUAGCGUACUCUGCAAGGUACUCGACUUGUAUAGCGUCUACGGUCGCGAGACAUGUGCGCGCGACACGGAGGCACUUCAUUGCACCUUGCAGUUCAUACGCGACCAAAGAACUAGCAAACCGACGUACCUCUCUGCACGGCAGCCUGUCUACAAGCCUCGUCAAAGGUUGUCUUUCAUUUUCCAACUUCCUCCAAGACACCACCGUAACAUUAUGGUCCGUAUCGUGUUGCCACUCAGUGCGCUUCUCAGUCUCUCCAUGGCCGAGUCAUUCAAGGGCAAAGCCACGCUGUAUGGCCCUGCUGACGGCGUUGACGUCUUCAGCGGCAACUGCGGCCUCAUGGACGCCCUCCCGACCGCGCGCCAAUUCCAAGUCGCCAUGAACCUCGACCAGUACCAACAAGGCAUCCACUGCGGCCGCUGCAUCCAAGCCCAGUGCACCGACGCUCGCUGCAAGGACACACCAAAGGUCACCGGCCAAGUCACCAACACGUGUCCGGGCUGUGCCAAGGGCGACCUCACGUUCUCGUAUCCUUUCUUCCAACAGCUCACGGGCGCCACGACCGACUGGUUCCAAAUUGCGUGGGAGUUUGUCGACUGCCCCGUCGCUGGCGGCGUCAAAGUCUGCGCCAAGUCGGGCAGCUCGCCGUACUGGCUCGCGGUGCAGCCGACCAACACGGUCGGCGGUGUCCAGAGCAUGAGUGUGAACGGCAAGCCGGCUCGGUACGCGACCGAGAUCACCAACUAUUACUUCCAGGCCGAGCCAAAGCCGGAGGUGCCGUUGUCCAACACGACGGUGACGAUGACGUCGUUCAAUGGCGAGACGAUCACGGCGACGGUGGCGUUGACAGAGGGCAAGUGCACAGAGAUUCCGCAGCAGUUUGGCAAGCCGGGCACGCCGACGCCGACACCCAGCAACCCGACGCCGACACCCAGCAACCCGACGCCGACGUCCAGCAACCCGACACCGACGCCGACGACGAGUGACCCGACACCGAGCACAUGUGGCGCGCCGGAAGCCAACAUCGACUACUACGGCAACGACGUCGGCAGUCUCAAUGUCGUGGGCCCCCAGGCCGACCAGAUUCGCGUCUGCUGCAGUGCGUGCACCAAGAACGAUCGUUGCAACGCCUUUUCGGUCGCUGGUGAAACGUGCUACCUCAAGUCGUCGGCAGACGGACGCAAGGUGGCGCCCGGCGUCGUGUCAGCGCGCAAGGCAUCGGCGCCGACACCGACACCGGUCACGCGCGCCUGCGGGUCGCCCGAGUGGAACACCGACUUGUUCGGCAACGAUCUCUCCAACUUCAAGGCCUAUGGCGACUUUACAUCCAUGCUAGCGCAGUGCUGCGAUGGCUGCAAGAAGACAGCGUCGUGUGCGGCGUUCACGCUGGCCGACGGCGUCUGCUACCUCAAGAACACCGUCGGCAACCGCCAGGCCACGAGCGGUGCCACGUCCGUGGCCAUGGUCGCAGCCUAAUUUGACUGAAUCGAUACUCUAUUGUGCAUACUUGAUUAAUGCUUUGCGCAUCAAAAGCUAACAAAAUCCGAAACCCCACUUUCCCCAA